CAGACGUCAGGCUCCAUACCUCAUAGUCAUCCAUCAUGGGAGCUGUGAUUCUUGCCCGUCCAGGACGUUCUGGAGUUUUAUCCAGCUUGCAAAAGGCAGCGACUGCUUCAUCGAGGACGCAAUGCCGUCAGAACCACUUCCAUCCUCCCGUUCAGUAUAGAAAGCAAGAGCUUCCUUUCCGAGCAGCACCGACAAGAAGCUGCCGACUCUAUCAUUCACAGUUCCACCCUCGCGCCCCCACGCACGAAUACACCAACUCGCAGACCACCAUCCUCUCCGCCGCUCUCGAACACAUCCCCUCCCAUGGCUUCACCCUCGAGGCCCUGACCCUCGGCGCCCGCGACGCAGGCUUUCUCGAUGUCUCCGUCCAGCUCCUGCCCCGCGGCGAAUUCGAUCUCAUCCUCUUCUGGCUGGCCAGCAGACGCGGCCUCCUCCGAGCAAAGGUCGAGGAAAACCAGUUCGAAAGCUUACGGUCCGUCUCCUCUGUCGAGGCGAAAACAAAGCUUCUCAUUCUCGAACGCUUGAAAAUGAACCAGGAUAUCGCCCAUAAAUGGCAGGAUGCCCUCGCUCUCAUGUCCCUGCCGUCAAAUAUCCCCCUGUCCCUCUCCGAACUUCAUGCCCUCUCCUCCGACAUCCUCACUCUGGCAGGCGACUCUGCCGUCGAUACAGCAUGGUACACCAAUCGGCUAGGCGUUGCGGCUGUCUAUGCAAGCGCGGAGCUCGUCAUGACCUCGCAGAAGCCGCAUGCUGACUUUGCCGCCAUCGAGGCCUUUGUGCAGCGCCGGUUCGAGGACCGUACCGCCCUCGCUGAAAAGAUCACCGGGUUCAAACAGUAUCUUGGGUUCGUGGGGUCGACGGCCAUCGGGUUGGGAAGGAGUUGGGGGUUGAAGAUUUGAGCCUAGAUCUUUCAAGAUUGUAUUUUGUAUUUGUAUGUACAUUAAAUAAAUAU